UUCAAUCGCUCGUGCUAUUGAAUGAAUCAGCAAAACGUUAGGAUGAUGGAAGAAUUUCCAGCAUUUGUUUUGAUUUUGUGAUCAACUAUAAUUUUGAUUGUUAAAACAGUGAAUGAAUGAUCCUAUCGAAUAAUGGAUAAAAUUUUGGUAUCAACUAAAAGGAUCGAGUCACGCGAUAAAUGGAGAAGGCUGUUGUUGAGAUUGCUAAGUUUGGCGGCAACAAUUGCAUGUAUUGCCUUGAUUUUGCCUUCAACAAAUUUCACAGAUAUCAUAGUGGAAAAAUUCUCCGGAAGGAAAUAUACAAGAGCGCGAAUGUUCAAUCUUCGAAUUAUCAACGAUAAAAACUACUUCACAAAUGAGGAAUACGAAGAAUUAAUGAAAUCUUACCUUCGAAAGCAAUCCUUUGAUAACGCGUCUGUAAAAUUAGCAACAACAACUGCUGAUCUAGAGGAGCCUUUCUUCGAGUUGGUGGAAGGAAGAAAUGAUUACUUGACCACAAACAGGGAGUUUUCGUAUUUCGACGAUGCAGAAUCUUCUAUAAGUGACAUUGCUAGCAAACAAACAUGUGAAAAACCCGUCCAAAACAUCCUCUUUCUGAAAACUCAUAACACAGGCAGUGACGUGGCAACGAACAUAUUUAACCGCUUUGCAGAUCUCCGCCAACUGCUCGUUGCUCAGCCAACAAACGGCCUUUCGUCAUUCUAUUGGCCAAAUAAAUUUCAUUGGCGCUACAUGGACAUGCAAAGAUUGGACGGUAACCUACCCAACAUGCUUUGCAACUACGCCCGCUAUAAUGCUAAAGUCAUGACACAGUUCAUGCCAGCCAGCACGCGUUUUGUUAGCAUGCUCCGAGAUCCGCUGGAUCACUUUGUGAGCGUUUUUGAACAACUAAAUAUUGGAAAACGUUUCUUGGAAAUGAAACCAGAAAAGUCUUUGAGAACAUUUGUUCUUAAUGCUAAAGUAUUUCUACAGCAAGCAAUAAGAAAAGGACAGUUUUAUGAUUCCAUGAAUCUUCUAAAAAAUGGAAUGUUCUUUGAUCUUGGCUUACCUACGGCCGAGUAUGAAAAUGAGGUUGCGAUAACGAACGCCAUAUUGGACUUGCACAACAGAUUUACCAUAGUCCUCAUCUAUGAGUAUCUGGAUGAAUCAUUGGUCUUAAUGAAACGCAAGUUAUGCUGGGAUACAGAUGACGUCAUCUACUUCAGUACAAUGAUACCACUUAAAGAGAGACAACGUGAAUAUCCACGUGAAGUUGAAGAAGGGAUGAAAAAGUGGAACAAAGCUGAUUUCAAGUUGUACGAAUUUUUCAAUGCAACCCUUUGGGAAGAGAUCGCGAAGGAAGAAAACUUUCCGAUAGAAGUAUCAAAAUUCAAAGCCAGAAGAAGAGAGAUUGAAAAACAAUGUACAAAGGGUUCGGUUGCUGCUCAGAAUGCAACAUUUCAUUUUGCUAAUGAAAUCAGAACACACAAACGACUUGGAUUAAUGGAUAUUUGUAGGAAGAUGAAAAUGGACGAUCAAGAAUAUUUAGAACACUUUCAGAGACUAGCAUGAAAAAUACUCUCGUUCAUACAUAAAGUAAAUACACAAGAGAAAAGCAAACAAAUUAAAUAUUUGGAGAGAGUGCACAAUACCGUAGUAAAGCCCUCAAAACAA